AUGUCCCAUCACUUUCCUAGAUGGGUCUGUCAUGGAGAAGAUCCUCCAGAGGCGAAGCUUGCGCAUGCGAAAUAUGCAGAGAGCUUGGUUGACUAUAUGGGUGAAAUGGUCAUAUCACAGUCUUUAUCCGAAUGCAAUAGUACUUCAAUAUCCAUGCCUUGUUUUCCUACAACUUUGAGAUCACAUAGUCUCCCUUCUGGUUUGAAUGAAGUUUCAACCGGACCUGUUGCUUCUUGUGACCAGAAUGACUUGAUGUGGGUACAGCCUGGAGAUAUAAAUGGUUUGAAGGGGCAGCUGGUAAAGUUGCUUGAACUGUCAGGAGGAUGUCUGUCUCUUACUCGUGUACAUGCUGAGUACCAGAAAAUUUUUGGGAGGCCUCUUUACAUUUCAGAAUACGGGGGAAGUCAAACUUGUGAAUCUUCUCAAGAAAGUGACGCCCUGGUUUUGGUAAAUUCUGUUUUGGGGGUUUCUGAUUGCCCCUGGUCUUGCCUGGAAUAUUUAAGACAGAUUAAAGAGUUAUUAGGGGAUUUGAACUAUCAACUGAAGCACAUUUUUCAUGGGGCCAACAAUGUUGCUGAUAGGCUUGCAAAUCAAGCUGUGCUGGAGAGGAGAUCUACUGCUUCUUCGAUUCAUUUGCAGCUUCCUAGCGAGGUUAGGUCUGCUCUGCGUAAUGAUCAAAUGGGAUUACCGAUUUUGCGUAAAAAGAAAAGGCUUAUGUUUGAUGAUAAGGGCUGA